UGUGCGUGCGUGGUGCUAUGGGUGGGUUGAGUCUUCGGCAUUUACGAUUGUACACAGCAUAUACAGCAGGCCAUUGUGUUCUUGUGUGUCGUCUCUCCUUCUCUCCCUCCGCUCUCAUCAGUUCACACGCACGUAAGAGGCAAGGAAGAACUUGGUUAGUUACUGCGAUUCCCCGAGGAGGAGAGUCUACCCUCGGGAAACGGUCAGAGCAAGAAGCCAACUUCGCUGCUCGCCGCUGGCAAAGAACUGCUUCGGGAAGGUUCACACGUUUGUGUCAAGGAAAGAGGGUGCGGGGAAGACAGAGACAAACGAAGGGGCCAGAGUGCGGCUGGAGUAUCAUGGCAGCUAUGAGAGGCGGGAGAGGUGGGAUUGAGGAUGAGCUUGUCGGCGCCGUGAUGCAAAUGUCGACCCUGGGCAAGGAGAACAAGACAGUCAAACGCGAACUCGCUUCGGCUCUGAGCGAGAACGCCAGGCUCACGAAGGCGAGUGCUUGGGCCCACGAAGAAUGCCGCGAAAAGCUGGAGUUGGCCCACGCGAAAGAGAUAGAAGACUUGAAGAAAGAGAUGGAAGACGUGAAGAAAGAGAUAAAAGACGCGAAGAAGAACGAACGAGAGGCGAUCGAAACGGCCGAAAAGACUUUCGCGGAGCUGAAGAGUUGCACAAUCGAGAAGGAGAAGAUUAAGACAGAGCUGGGGGAGGCAAGGGCAGCGCUGGCGGAGGCAGCGGCGGCGACUGCACGGGCACGGGCCCCCGCCAACAGGCGUAGGGUUACCGCCAUCGGAGUUCGUCCGAUUUCUCCCGUCGGGGGGGGCGCGGGGCCGAAAGGAGGAGGGUCUCAGUAUGCGAUGAACGACGGGGAGGAAGAUAACGGAACGGGAACGGCAAGCGGGGUGGGGAGGGGUGACAGCAGCGGUCAACCGAUGGAGGGCGGUGAAGACCAGGGACUGGAGGGCAACGACGAUGAGGAACAACAGGGCAAUCGCGACGAGGAACAGGAGGGGAGUGGCGACAAUGAGGACGAGGAGGGGGGCGAGGAAGAGGACGAUGAUGCGGACGACAAAGGUCGCGGGAAAGGAGGCGCUGGGUGGUUCGGGUGGAUCACCGGGAGCGCAAAAAAGAGACGUAGGGGCGAGUAACCAAGCGUGCUGUGCCAGCCUCAUAACCUACAUUACGUUCGAGUUAGGCUACCUUCCCCAGGAGUUAUCCCGCCCAUGGAGGCUUCAUUCGCACAUGGUUGGCUGAUUGGGAGUGCGUAUGACUGUGUGAACCGCCGGCGUUCAAUCAAACUCCCAAUCCGUGCAGUAGUUGGCGUGGACCUGACAUUUUACCCGGUGUUUGCCCCUCCGGGUUGAGUUCCAAAAGGCAGAAAUGGCGCUUGUACAGACCGGGAACUUCAACUUUGACUCCAUCGGGCGAGAAUUUCAACCCGGCUACUUCGCUUGGGUACCCUCCGGUGGCGCGCGUUGAGGACUGUAAGGAUGCAAAAUCGGGGGAAGUUAUUACAGUAUUUUAGUCGACAUUUGUCUACAGCCAAGAAGGGUAUCGAGCUGGCGCUCUUGCCUGCAUUCGAAGGCCUUCCGUUCACGGGUACGUGUGCCCUUUGUGUUGUGGGAGUUUUCACGGAAUCAGUCGAAGCCGUAUUCGACCACCGAGUGUGAAGCGUGUUUUUUGUCCCUCUGAUGCAUGAUUCUAGCUUGCAGCACUGCGUGAGGCGUCGAGGAUACCAAGUCCGCCCAGCGCAUGUUGUGUUGCUGUUGUUUGUUGGAGUGUUUCAUUGCCUUCGUAGCGUUGUUGGAGAAGAUAGCACAGUAGUUCAAGUGGGUUGCGGGUUAACGAAGCACUUUUCGAGGCUCUGCCGUUGAGUGCAGUUGUAUGGUCGUCUUUCCGCCAAAAAUACACAUCGCCCAGCGGCGUUGAGACCACCGACGGCAUAGAGACAUGAUUGACGGUGCUUGUACGUGUAAGGAUAGGGUAGUCGAGAGUGCAGAUCACUGGUAAAGAUGCUCGACAGGGGAACAGUAGGGAACAGAUUGUUCUGGGGGUUAUUUGUCACUAGGCGCUUUUUGAACCAAUAACUUCGAAGCGUAUGUGUUUGCGGUACAUCGAUUCGUGUUACCCACCGCGCUCGCUUUCUCGACGUUUCAGGGAAUGGGAGCGACUUCCGUAAAUAUUGCUAGGCUGGUUGAUGAUGUAGCUCCGGAUGUAGAUAUCGUUUGUAAAUGCGGGCGUAGCUUCACCGUAUACAUGUGUAGGGUGGAUCAGAGGAAGUCAUGCGUUGGGCGUGCCAUGCACAGCAACGGUUCUUGUCUUACCGCCGACCCAGGCGCGAUCCAUGCAAACACAGGUGCAGACGACUUUCAUCGUAGGCUUAGAUAUAUAGUUUCUCUUUCGGCGGUGGGUGGUGACAGUCAAAGGCUUGAAUGAUUUUGUUGAUCGAGUGUUGCUUCUCGAAACGAACAACUAGUUGAGACCGGAGGAGAGUUUUUUUUUUUAUCUUCACUUCAAAUCAGCGCUCACGGCACUAUUGCCGUUUACUCCAACCCGUGGUCACACAGAAGAGCUCCUCUCUACCCUUCCCGCCUGCGGUACUUUGCCUUCGAUUUUUAAUGCGAGAAGAGUUCAGCACUCUCUUCCCUCUGUGUACACACGAACUAGCGCUAUCCACUAGGCCAGGAGCGGAAGCGAGAGAAAAACUCACUUUGCAAGAAAAGCUCGCUUACGCCGGGAUUCGAACCCCUGACCUGACCUCUAGAAGGUUUCGAGGU